CAGCUUCUAUGAUAAAUAGUCCGCCGCGCUGGACUGUGGCGAUGUUUUUGGAGCAAGUUCUUGACCUAGAAGGCAGAUAAUCGCAAUUUAUAGGCUUACACUUCAUAUGAUCUUUAUAGAAUAAGUAACGUAUAGGCAUGCAUACGCCUCAUCUAGUUUUAACACAAUAAGCGAGGCUACAUUUUUCUUUAUUUAUAAAAGAAAAUAACGUGUGGGUUUAGAGCGAUUGGGCCAUUACAUCGCUAUAACGCGCAGUGACUGUGGGCUAUUGCAUGACAUUUGAACGCACCAAUCAGUCGCUGAGGAGCUGAUUGAGUCUACUUCCCUGCGCUGGGAUAGUUGAAGGGAAGCGGACGGACGGCGGCCGCCGCACACGGAUAUCUCCUCAUCAGGCGAGCAGGAUCUCUCCCACCCCCCACUCCGCCAGAGACCCCCCGAGACGCAGCGAGCCCUCCGUUCCCCCUCACCGCGUCCGCUUGCAGGGAGAUGGCCGGGAUUCUGGCGUGGUUCUGGAACGAGCGCUUCUGGCUCCCCCACAACGUGACCUGGGCUGACUUAAAAAACACAGACGAGGCGACGUUCCCGCAAGCCGAGGAUCUGUAUCUGGCGUGUCCCCUGGCUUUCUGCAUCUUUAUGAUCCGGCUGGUUUUCGAGAGGUUUAUUGCAAGACCAUGUGCAAUGGGCCUGAAGAUCCAGGCCAAUGGGCCACAAAAGGCACAGCCCAACGCUAUCUUAGAGAAGGUUUUCACUGCUAUUACCAAGCAUCCAGAUGAGAAGAGGCUGGAGGGCCUGUCCAAGCAGCUCGACUGGGACGUGCGCACCAUCCAGCGCUGGUUCAGGCAGCGGCGUAACCAGGAGAAGCCGAGCACUCUCGCCAGAUUCUGUGAAAGCAUGUGGCGGUUUACAUUCUACCUGUACAUAUUCACCUACGGAGUGCGUUUUCUUAAGAAGACUCCGUGGUUGUGGAACACCAAGGAGUGCUGGUACAACUACCCUUACCAGCCGCUGACCGUGGACGUCCAUUAUUACUACAUACUGGAGCUGUCGUUCUACCUGUCGUUACUCUUCUCCCGGUUUACAGACAUCAGGAGGAAGGAUUUUCUGAUCAUGUUCCUGCACCACGUGGCAGCCAUCUCUCUCAUCGUAUUCUCAUACGUGAACAACAUGGCACGCGUGGGAACCCUGGUCAUGUGUCUGCACGACGCCGCCGACGUGCUGAUAGAGGCUGCCAAGAUGGCCAACUAUGCCAAAUGUCAGAUACUGUGCAACCUCCUGUUUGCAAUGUUUGCAAUUCUCUUCAUAACUUCCAGGCUGGGAGUUUACCCCAUCUGGAUUUUAAACACCACUUUGUUUGAGAGUUGGGAGAUCGUAGGCCCCUACCCAUCCUGGUGGGUCUUCAACCUCCUUCUGGUCCUACUGCAGCUUCUUCACUCAUUCUGGUCCUACCUCAUAGUGAAGACAGCAUGCAGAGCCAUCUCCAAAGGAAAGGUGGGGAAAUGGAAUCCUUUACAUGUUUCUAAAGAUGACCGCAGUGACAUCGAGUCCAGCUCUGAUGAGGAUGAAAGCCCCCCUCCCAGUCAGAAGCACCACACCAGCGCCACCAACGGCACCAACAAAAAUGGGACCAACGGCUACCUGACAGGAGUCCCGUACCCUGACGAACACUGACUGAGCUAAUAUCACGCGAAUGGAACCAUGCUGCAGACACGACCCAUUUAUCUGUGUCAGCAUGUGUAUGUGUGUGUGUGUGUGUGUGUGUGUGUGUGUGUGGGAGUGUGAACUUAGGCGUAUGGUGGAGACAUGAGCAUCUCAUCUUCGUAAGUUAUUGAUAGAUUUAUGUGAAUGCAGUUUUGUCAUGGGUUCUUUACUAAUUUUGUUGUGCAAUUUAUUCUCUUCUGCUAUAUAUUUGCAUCAAACUGCACUCACUGACAAAUUAAAGGAAUCAGUAGAACGCACUCAUUUAGCCGACGAAUGACAGCGUUUCACUUUACGGUCGAAGCAUGCUACGUUGACUUACAGCAGUUCGGCAUGCUGCAAGGGGGUGUUUUCUCCUACGUUCGUCUCUUUCUUUGUUCUUUAAUUUGUAUGAACAUGUUUACAAGUUUUAGUCAGACAUCUUUUCUUCUUCGACGUCAGCGUUGGCAUAAUCUUAAAACAGAAACGCAAGCCGUCGUUUUCACCUCGUCGUCACAGUAUUAGCCGGAUUCAGUUUUACUGCUACACCCCCAAAGAUUUGCCAAAACCAUGAGUUUGUUGUCACUGACAAAUGGAUGAUAAUGUGAAGUUUAUGCACAUUUGCAAAUUCAUUCUUCACACAAUCUGUAUAUGAGAUGUCAAUAACAGUAGUAUCUGUGUGUGCAUCAGAUAUGGCUAGAUGCUGUAUUCUUUAUCCAAUCAUUUUGUUAGGUAUUCUCGUACAUUUCUGGUUAUUAUUAAAUUAAAGGCAAUUUGUCCUCACAUGAGGUGGAUAUGAGUUGUUUGAAUAAUUCAAUAAUAAAAAAAGGCAAUUCAU